UUAUUAAGUCCACGUCUUCAUUUACUGAUGGAGAGGAGCACAAAUUACUUCAUUCAUCAUUCUGCCUUUUUCCAUGCAGCACGUGCCCAUCAUGAUGUUGAUGUCCAUUCUAAUGCAAAUUCUAUGGUUAAGCAGUCAACACUGAUAAGCUCACUGAAAUUUUGUACUUGUACAGUGAAGUGUAGAGCCACAGAGCCUCUUCAUUAUUCUUGUGACCAUGGAGCAAUCAUAUCAGAGUAUUUCCUUGGAAAAUAAAUUUGGGUGGAGUGAAUGGAUGUGCAGUAGUAUAAAAGACUCUUUGCUCUUGCCAGCAGGAGCUUUCUUUAUCUCUUUGUGAUUUUUAAUGCUGAACAUGGGCUUUCUUUCGUCUGUCAGUCUAGUUCUGACCUCCAUGUUUGCAAGCUUGUACUAGGCUGAAGCAUCCUCAAGGCGAGACAAUUAAUGCCUGCAAGCUCUGCAGCUGUUUUGUGGCUGUGGCUCACCUCAGACUGCUCUGUGGAGUGAAAGAUGGCUGCGAGCAGUAGCUGAGGACGCCACCGCCAGUUUCCCCUCCCUGCCUCUGCCCCCUGCAAAUAUGAAUGGUGGUCCAAGUGUAUGGGCAAUCUCUCCAGAGGAAAGGGUCAAACAUGAUCAGAAGUUUGACACCCUCUCCCCAUCAAUGGGCUUUGUCUCAGGGGAGCAGGCAAGGAAGUUUUUCCUCCAAUCAGGGCUGCCUGCCUCAGUGUUGGCUGAGAUAUGGGCUCUGGCAGAUAUGAAUAAAGAUGGGAAGAUGGACAGGUUGGAGUUUUCCAUCGCUAUGAAACUCAUUAAGCUUAAACUCCAGGGUACACCGCUUCCCUUAGCACUGCCAAUCAUCAUGAAGCAGCCUCCAGUGUCUGCUCCAACCCUCCAUAACCCUGCUAUGACCAACCCCGCUUACGGUAUGGGUCCUGUGCCUAACAUGCCCAGGAUGCCUGGGACAAACCAUGCUAUGUUGACCCCUCUCUCCAUGGCAACCCCGGGCCUCUCACCUUUGACAGCAAUGACAGGUCUACACCCUUUGGUUCCUACACCAACCGGCAUGAGCCCCAUGAUAGCCUCCACCCCCACCAGGCCCCUGAUGUCCACCAUGGGAAACACCACCCUGCCAAACGGCACCAUGGGAAUUCUCCAACCAAUCCCAGCUGGAGCUUCGGCCACUGGCCUUCCUUUCUCUGCAUCCUCAUACUCCUUCUCUGGUGCUCCUGCUGGUAUAAAUAAUGCCUCACCGCUGCUGGACCUAGCAUCUAGCAGCUCCUCUUCCUCCUCCCCCUCUGUGAUGUCCCCCGUGGUUACUGGUCCCAGCGACUGGGCUGUGCCACAGGCUUCAAGACUCAAAUACAGGCAGCAGUUUAACAGCUUGGAUAAACAGAUGGCUGGCUACCUCACUGGUCAGCAGGUGAGAGGUGCCAUGGCAACCACGAUGCUUACUCAGACACAGCUGGCUUCAAUCUGGAAUUUAGCUGACGUGGACAAGGACGGCAAGCUAAAAGCUGAGGAGUUUAUUCUGGCAAUGCAUCUCGUGGAUGUGGCUAAGACUGGACAGCCACUGCCGCUGACGCUGCCAACUGAGCUGGUGCCACCCUCACAAAGGGCUGCAGUGAAUGGAUCCAGCUCUUCUGUCUAUGCAGCUCCGACCAAUGACUUGGACAUUGAACCUCCACAGAAAGCCAAAGCUAACUUUUCGUUCGAGGAUAAAUUCAAAGCAAACCUUGAACGAGGGAACGCAGAACUGGAGAAAAGACGACUAGCUCUGCAGGAAGCGGAGAGGAGGGAGCUGGAGCGGCGCGCUCAGAAGGAGAGAGAGGAGCAAGAGAGGAAAGAGAGGGAGGCUCGGGAGGCUGAGGAGAAGAGGCGGAAAGAGGAGGAGAGGAGGCUGGAGCGGCAGAGGGAGCUGGAGAGGCAGAGAGAAGAAGAGCGACAGCGAGAGAUAGAGAGAAAAGAGGCCGCACAGCGGGAGCUUGAGCGCCAGAGGAAGGAAGAGUUGGAGAGGAGGCGGCGAGGAGAGCUCCAGAUAAAGAAGGAGCAGGAGCAGGAUGAUAUCAUCAGAUUGAAAGCUAAGAAAAAGAGUCUGGAGAUGGAGCUGGAGGCUGUGGGUAACAAGCACCGUCAGAUCUCAGACCGGCUGCAUGACUUUCAGAACAAGAAGAAACUUCACAAGACGGAGCUGGAUCUAACCAAUCAAAGGAUAGAGACACGCCAGCAUGACAUUAACAACCUGCAGAAACAGCUAGAGGAGUUCCAGAGGAAGUUGUCCCAGCUGACUCCGGAGCAGAAGAGACUGACUGAGAAACUCAGAAACAUGGCUCUGAAUAACCUGCCAGUGUCAACCAUGUCUACCCUGAAGGUGGGUGUUACAGAGAAAAAAGGGAAAUGUAGGAAUCUGCAAGAGCAGCUGAAAACUCUGGAGAAAGACACUGCUGGCAAACUGGCUGAGAUGGACCAGUAUAACAAAGAUAUGCAGGAACUGAGAGAGAGCCAGAGAAAACAGCAGGCAGAGCUAGAGAGACUUCGGAGCAUCAAAGAGGACAAACGGCGUGAGCUGAUUCAAAAGAAGCAGCAGGCAGAGGAGAAGAGGAAGAGGGAGGAGGAGAGGAGACUGGAGGAGGAGAAGAGAAGGAGGGAGGAGGAGGAAGCUCAGAGGCGUAUAAAGAUGGAAAAAGAGCGGCAGGAGAAGUUGAGGAGGGAGGAAGAGGAGCGUCAAAGGAGGCUUCAGGAGGAGAGAGAGGCCAAAAGGAGGGAGGAGGAGGAGAAAGAGAGACAAGCUCUCAUCCAGGCUGCCAAGGAGCAGGUUGAACGAGAGCUCAGAGCAAAGGAGGAGGCAGAGCGGAAGAGGAGAGAAGCAGAGGAAAGGAAGAAAAGAGAAGAGGAGGAGCAGCAGAAGCAAGCAGAGAGACGGAGGCAGGAGGAGGAGAGGCGAAAGCUUGAGGAAGAAAGGCGGCAGCUUGAGGAAGAGAGGAGGAAACUAGAGGAAGAGAGGAGGAAAGAGGAGAAGAGACGGAAAGAAGAGGAGGUGGAGCGACGCAGCAUAGAGGAAGAGAGGAAGAGGUUAGAGGAGGAGCGGAGAGAAGAGGAGCGCAGAAGAGAGAGGGAGGAGGAAGAGAGGAGGAAACAGAGGGCAGCCCUUGCAGCCCUCCGAGAUGAGGAGGAGAGGAAAAAGCGAGAUGAGGAGGAGAGAAGAAAGAGGGAUGAAGACAGGAGGAAGCUUCAGCAGCAGCAGCUGGAAGAGGAGAGGAGGAAACUUGAGGAAGAAAGAAAGAGAGCAGAAGAGGAGAGGAAGAGAAAGGAGGAGGAAGAGGAGCAGAGGAAAGCUGAGGAAAAGAGAAGGGAGAAAGAGGUGGCAUCUCAUCUGCAGCCGCAGCAGCAGGCAAGUGGAAGAGGGAAAAUGGAUAUUCAGGAGAAACUGACGGCUCUGCUGAGAGGACUGGAGGAGAGGAAGGGGGGGCAACCCAGGGCCACACAACACAGGAAGUCAGCGGCUCUCACGUCCUUCAAAGCGCUCUACCCGUUCACUGAACGAAAUAACGAAGAGCUCAGCUUUAAUGCAGGCGAUAUCAUCGAGGUUGAUGAGACAGCAGAGCGGGAGGAGGGUUGGCUGUACGGCAGCAGACAGGGGAAGAUGGGCUGGUUCCCUGAGAGCUACGUCGAGAGAGUGGGCCAAUCAGACGCAGCCAAUGCUGUUGCUGCUGCCAGUGCCCCUAAAGUGCCGCUCCAGUCACAGCUUUCCAGUGCCCUUGACUCUGUCAAGGCAGCAGGCUCGAAGUCUGCCUUCACACCAACGCACUUUCCAAACUCUGCUCCCUCUGAGACACAAGGACAGCAGGUGGUGGGUAACCUGUUGGCAAAAGCCCUGUGUUCGUGGACAGCAAAGACGGACAACCAUCUGAACUUCAAUAAGGAUGAUGUCAUUCAGGUGUUGGAGCAGCAGGAGAACUGGUGGCUCGGAGAGCUGAACGGUGAACGGGGCUGGUUCCCCAAGACAUAUGUGAGACUGCUGGAAGAAGAAGAGAGUUCAGACUUGAAGAGCCCCCCUCCUGAUGCUUCAGAGCCUAGCGACAGCCUGCAGCUUGAAGAAUACGUGGCGUUGUACACCUAUGAGUCUCCGGAGCCUGGUGAUCUGACAUUUAGAGAGGGAGAUGUGAUCUUGGUGAGCAAGAGAGAGGGAGAGUGGUGGAACGGCUCUAUAGGCGACUGCACAGGCCUCUUCCCCAGCAACUACGUCAAACCUAAAGAGACCGAUACAUCAAGCAUAUCUGGAAAGAAGAAGCAAGAGAUUGCCCAGGUGGUUAGUGCCCACUCCUCUACCAGCCCCGAACAGCUCAAUCUGGAAAAUGGCCAGCUCAUUGUCAUCCUCAGCAAGAAUGCCUCUGGCUGGUGGCUUGGAGAGCUGCAGGCUCGUGGUAAAAAGCGUCAGAAGGGCUGGUUCCGUGCUUCUCAUGUCAAAAUAUUGGGAUCUAACAGCGGCAAGUCCACACCAGCACCACAGCCAGUCUGUCAGGUGAUAGCCAUAUAUGACUAUGCAGCCGCCAAUGGGGAUGAGAUGAGUUUCUCCAAAGGUCAGCUGAUUAACGUUUUAGACAAGAACAACCCUGAUUGGUGGAAAGGAGAGAUCAACGGGACCACUGGUCUGUUUCCCACCAAUUAUGUUACGUUAACCACAGCGGAUUGUGACCCCAGCCAGCAGUGGUGUGCAGACCUGAACAGCCUGGACUCAAUGAGUCCCCUGGAGAAGAAGAGACAGGGUUACAUCCAUGAGCUGAUACAGACUGAGGAAAGAUACGUGGAAGACUUGCAGAUAGUGCUGGAGGUUUUUCAUAAGCCGAUGUCAGAAUCAGGUCGCCUGAAGGAUGCAGAGAUGGCCAUGAUCUUUGUGAAUUGGAAAGAACUGCUGGCCUGCAACACUAAACUCCUCAAGGCGCUACGUGUUCGUAAGAAGAUGGGUGGGGAGAACAUGGCAGUGCAGAUGAUCGGAGAUAUCCUGGCCGUGGAGCUGCCCCACAUGCAGCCCUACAUCCGCUUCUGCUCCUGCCAGAUCAGCGGAGCCACUCUCCUCCAGAGUCGCAUCGACAGCGAACCAGACUUCAAGAACUUCCUCAAGAAAAUUGCCACAGACUACAGAUGUAAAGGCAUGCCGCUGUCCAGCUUCUUGCUGAAACCCAUGCAGAGGAUCACACGCUACCCGCUGCACAUCAAAAACAUCCUGAAGUGCACCGCAGAGGGCCAUGUUGACCAAGGUCCUCUGAAAGAGGCUCUGGAGAGGGCGGAAGAACUUUGUCAACAGGUAAAUGAGGGCGUGAGAGAAAACGAGAACGCUGAAAGACUGGAAUGGAUUCAGACCCACGUACAGUGUGAUGGCGCUGUAGAGAACAUGGCCUUUAACUCUCUUACCAACUGUUUGGGCCCCAGGAAACUGCUCCACAGCGGCAAGAUGUACAAGGUAAAGAGCAACAAAGAACUCUGGGCUUUCCUCUUCAACGACUUUCUGCUUCUGACUCAUGCGGCUAAACAGUUCACUUCGUCUGGGCCUGAUAAACUGUUCAGCAAGAGCAAUACACAGCUCAAGAUGUACAAGCCGCCUGUGCUGCUAAAUGAAGUUCUGGUGAAGCUGCCGGAUCCUUCCAGCGACGAGCCCAUCUUCCACAUCUCGCAUAUCGAUAGAGUUUAUAUACUGAAGACUGACAACAUCAAUGAACGGACAGCGUGGGUUCAGAAGAUCAAGGCUGCGUCUGAAGAAUUUAUUGACACAGAAAAGAAGAAAAGGGAAAAGGCCUAUCAAGCACGAUCUGUGAAGGUUAGUGGAAUCGGCAGACUCCUUGUAACCAUCUUGGAGGCCACCGAACUCAAGCCUGGCAAACCGAACGGUAAAAGUAACCCCUACUGUGAAGUGACCAUGGGAGCUCAGAUCUUCACGUCCAGAACGCUCAAUGAUACUCUGAACCCCAAGUGGAACUUCAACUGUCAGUUUCACAUCAAAGACCUUUACCAGGACGUCCUCUGCAUCACCAUCUUUGAAAGAGACCAGUUUUCACCUGAUGAGUUUCUGGGUCGGACAGAGGUUCCCGUGGCAACCAUAAAGAAAGAGUUGGAAAACAAGGGACCAGUAACGCGUCGUCUUCUGCUGCACGAGGUUCCUACAGGAGAAGUGUGGGUCCGCCUCGACCUGCAGCUCUAUGGCAACAAAUAGCCGUUACGAGGAACUGAAGUAAUAAUGGAGUCUUCUACUGAGACAUCCAGAUAAGGAUAUCGUCCUCCUGCAGAGUAACCAACUAAGAAAAGCUGCUUUUUUUCUCAGCUAAACAAACUCAGACGGUUGCCCCCACAGUCCUAAUAUGGACUCCAAGAAGACACGCAUAUCAAACAAGACACAGCUGAACUGUUUUGCACACAUCAUGCCUUAAUAUUUUAAUAUUAACCAGCACUAAUAAUACCUCUGGUGUCACCUGACUCUUCCAGUAGGGGUUAGGGUCUGAUUGACAUCAUCUCAACCCACCAAUGGGAGUCAGAUCUCCCCUUUUUUUCUGGUUCAUGACUUCAGAUAGAAAAGGUAGCAUGACUGGUGCAGCUUUUUGCACCUGCACAAUAUGUACUGUACACUCUGAAGGAGCUACAGGGAAGGACCACAACCUGGCAUCUUCAACAGUGAAGACACUGUAUGUCAUGAAGCUGAAUCUGGGUCCUCUGUAAUAAUUUCUGACCUUCAGAGCUGGGUAGAACUGGACAAAGACUGUAUAAAAGGCAGAUAAUCAUGACAUAUUAAUAGAGCAAUAAAACUAUGAAUAAAAAGAUUCUCAUCUACUCUAUUGUCUAGACUCCCACAGCUCAAUACAACAGUUGGUUUUAAAGUAUUCAAACUGAGACACACUUUGCUCUGGUCAACCGAGGCCAUUGAAGUUGAGCUAGCAAAUAUUUUUCUUACAGUGACGUUAAACGCAUCAUUAACUGUAGGUGGCAGAUGACUUACAGCAACAUGGCGACAGUAGCUCUGGUCCGGAGUCAGUUUACUACUGUAGACAGAAGAUCUCAGGAUACUUUGUUCUGGGUUGAGUCUGUGUCACUGUAACAAUGUUUGGGUGGGGGUGUGUGGGUGUGUGUGUGUGUGUGUGUGUGUGUGUGUGUGUGUCCUCGCAUUAGAGUGGAGAAGCGUAAACAUAUCUAACAUUUAGUUAAGAUAAGGUAAUAUGCAAGUAUAAUGCUGCAACAUUUGAAAUCAACUAGUGACUUCCGGCCUUAAUGCAAGUCACCUUUUUAGUCUUAAAUCUAAAAUCUGUCACUUCUUUGGGAUGCUGUUGGUCUUGAUUGGGGUCUCAGGAUAGAUUUAUUAGCUUUUUUCUUUCGUGUGCAAAAUCAGCCAAGGCCAAGUAGUUUGAGUGCAAAAUUAUGUAGGUGACACAGUAAAGAGAAAAGCUGCAUUGAUGAACAUUUCCUUCUACACCUUUAACUCUCCAUCAGCUGUUCCUGCCUUCCUCUUCAGUGUAGAUGUCAAUAUUUUGAGGCAAAACAUUUUGGCAGUUUGUCAGACAGUAUUUGCUUGUAUUGUUUGUUCUUUACAUUUGCCAGACAGAUUUGUAAGUGUCAUUCCUCCAGUCCCGCCUCACUGACAGCAAUAUUGUGCAUCUCUGUUGGCUCACAAAGUUUCCCUUUAUAAACAUCCGCCAUGAAAACUUUAUAAGCAUAUAGUGUGUAAAAACUUUUAUUUAUGUUGUUGCACUUUUUGGUGUUUUUAAUCUUCUGUCCUUUGCAUCCAGUUUCCAAGUCUGAGCAGAUAUUAACAAAAGAGUGUAUUUAUUGCGUAAUUUAUGCGUGACUAUUCAAAGGUUUGGUGCGGCUUUGUUUGCUGUAUCCGCUGGGUCUGUUAUGUAUUAAAGACGUGUUCAUCGGACACAUGUUGAUAAUGUUUUUGAAAGGCAAUAAUAACAUCUGAGAUGAUUCUCUGCGGUUGAGUUUUACUGUAAGUAGACUAGAUCACAAGUCAUUUUGUUAGCCUGUUCUUUAAGUGUGUCUUAUUCAAUCCACAAAAUUCAGUUUUAAAGUCCUUUAUUACCUUUUGAUGUUUGUUUUUUUUAAUUUGUGGAAUAUGUGCAAAUAGACUGGACUACUUUGUUCGUCUGUGUAGCGGGUGUAACAGUUUGUCUUUUGUUUUGUUUUGCUUUUUAUUUCCCACAGCCUUCUGCAUUGAUAGCUGCUGUGCUAACUAAGUUUAUAGCCUCUUUAACCCAGAUUGUCUGUCUGAGCAGCGUGGAAUCUGUAACCUGCUGUCUGUGCUCACUUUGGCCUCUAUGUGCCACUCUGUGAAUCAGGGUUUCUUAAGUAAAAUUAAAGGCAUUAAAAGUGG